CAACAAACCUCAACAAUAAUCCUGAGGAUAAAAAAAAAAAAAAUAGACAAGUAUAGACAUUUGCUUGGUGCUGAGCACCUCGGCCAAAAAGGAUGGAUUUAGGAAAAGGAAAACUUCUCAGGACAGGGCUGAACGCACUGUAUCAAGCAAUACACCCAGUUCACGGCCUGGCGUGGACCAAUGGGAAUCAGGUACUCCUGACUCAGUUACAGCUGCUCAGCGGAGAGGCCAGUUUUGGGGACUCAAAGGUCAUAGGACAAUUUGAGCAGGUGUACGGGGUGUCCUGGGCCCCUGCCGGCCUGGUGGACAGUCCUGCCCUGCUUGCUGUGCAGCAUAAGAAGCGUGUCACCGUCUGGCAGCUGGUUCCCUGCACCUCAGAGAAAAGCGAACAGCCAAUGUCUCAGACCUGUGAGAUAAAAGAGUCACUCCCAAUCCUCCCCCAGGGCUGUGUGUGGCACCCUCAGAAUGCUCUCCUGACAGUAUUGACUGCAGAAGAUGUCUCUGUGUACUACCAUGUUCACCGUGGCCAUUCUCAGGCGAGAGCUGACGUCGAGGGCCGGGGCCCCAUUCACUGUGCGUGUUGGACCCAGGACGGCCAAAGGUUGGUGGUGGCAGUGGGCAGCAGCCUGCAUUCGUACAUUUGGGACGGUCCCCAGAAGACUCUGCAGAGGUGUUCCUUCUACCCGGUGUUUGAUGUGGACAGCUGCGUCCGCUCCAUCACAGCCACUGUGGCCUCACAGGUGGCCGUCACCACUGAGCUUCCACUCGACAAGAUUUGUGGCUUAAGUGCCUCUGGAGCCUUGGCCGUUCAGCCUAGUGGUGAAGACACCUGUCCGUACACUUCAUCGUCAGUGAUGGACAAAGUGGCAACUGAUUCCGAAACACCCUUUUCCGAUCUUCUGGACCUAACUCACAUACGUUUCAAAAAGCCUGAGGCCGAGGGGAGACCUCUGUUUUGUCUAAGGGAGACAGACCCCUCCUUGACAGGAACUGGCCUGGAUUCUUCACAUUUGGUCCUUGUGACGUUUGAGAAAGGGGUGAACAGAACCAGCAAAGUCACCAUCCCAGGCAUUCUGGUUCCCGACCUAAUAGCAUUUAACCCUCCGGCGCAGGUCGUGGCCGUGGCUUCCAAUACGUGUAAUAUAAUUUUUAUCUACUCCAUCGUUCCAUCCUUUAUGCCAAACAUCCAGCAAGUUGAGUUAGAGAGUAGCGAAAGGCCAAAAGGCUUAUGUUUCUUGACAAGUAAACUGUUACUGAUUUUGGUAGGAAAACAAACUUUGACGGAUUCGACGUUCCUUCCCGCUUCGAAAUCUAAUCCGUACCUCAUCCGUUUGGUCGUUAGACCAGUCAUGUUGGAAGAGUUUUCCCUGACGUUGCGCGAAACCCAAAGUGGCUGCCUGAAUUCCAAUACUCGCUUAAAUCAAGUUGAGAGGAAGAAACGAAUCGGAUGUGUUUCCCCAGAUUGUUGGCCCCAAAGGGGCGCUCUCUUAUUAACACCUAACAGCAAUAGUCAAGGGGGGAGACCCGGAAGUCCCCUUAUUAAAGAAAUCAGGCAUCCCCCAUCCGGUCUCAGUAAUGGCUCCAGCUUUGGGCCCCUGGAAACUCUAGAAAUGGAACCUGUUAACUGGGCAGCAACACUGCCCAGAUCCAGCACCACCUCAGACCCCACCAGCACCCCACAACCUCCCAGUGCGCCUCAAAUAAAGCACUUGACGAGGGAGAAGGAAACGUCUCAGCUCUCCAAGGAACUGGAAAUGUUAUCUAGGAAACUGACGGACAUGCAGCAGAGUCUUUCUGAACUCACAGACUUGCUCCGGAAUGAGAAGAAACCCUCUCCAGUGUAUCCACUCUGUGAGGAUCUGCCUUGUGUCCAUAUCACUUACCAGAAACCUUAUGUAGGUCCUGCUGUUGAAAAAAGAACCGUGCUCCUCUGCAGUGGCAAACUAAGACUCAGUGCGAUCCAGCAGACUUUCGGCCUCUGUCUUAUUGAGAUGCUGCACGGCUCCCACUGGGUCCUCCUCUCUGCUGAUAGUGAAGGCUUCAUCCCAUUAACCUUCACAGCCAGCCAGGAAAUCACGAUAAGAAAUGGCAGCCUCUAGUUUCCCCGGGACUCUGUCUCAGAGUCUGGAUCCUGACCCUCUUGAAGUUCUGAGAGACCUCACUGCCCGCACUUUGGACAACGCUGCCGGCUGGUCUACCCACUGAGGACGGGUAGCUUUUUCUGGCUUUUCAGUAGAGACCCUUAACAAACAGGGUCUGCUUUCCACUGUGAACUCUUACCAGCGGGGACUUGCACCAUUGCUCACAGGUGAAGCAUUUUCCGCGGUGCCUCUUCUGCCUUUUCCCCUGGGCUGAGGCUCAGUGUUCUGUAGCUCUGCAGCUCCGUCUUCAUAGACGGCUCAGAAAGUGGCUGACGAUGUGCUCCUGACUGUGGUGUCACCUAAGGGCAGUAUUCUCAGGGGAAAACACAAACACAGACGGAACAAGACAGUGCCAUGUGGAUUGUGUGUUACGGUUCCUAUCCAUGGCCCUGAGACAGUUAGAGCUGUCUUAGAAGCACUUAGAAAAUACCUCAGCCUUACUGCAGGUCUCUUUCUUGGUUUAAAGAUGAAGGGAAGGAGGGCUGGAGAGCAGAAGCUCCAGCAGAUCCUCUUACACCGAACCAGUAGGAUCAGCAAGGCUCGAAGGGAGACAGAGGACCAACUGACCAGUAAACUCAUCCCAGGGCUGCCCAGCACAGGAAGUACUUCUGAUGCUGGCUGAGUGUCUCCGCAUGUAAGCCUAACCCUCACCGAAACACUGGCCCUGAGAACAUUUUUGAAAGAAAUUUCAAGAGCAGAGCCAGGCGGUGACAGACUAGGAUUAGUGCAAAGACUCAGGUUCAAGCCCCUGGCCUCCACCUGCAGGGGAGAAGUCAGUCGUCCCCACCCCCUAUCACCCCUCUCAGUUUAUCUCUGUCCCAUGAAACAAAAAGAAAGGAAAAAAAUGGCCACCAGAAGCAGUGGAUUUGUGGCAAAGGCACAAAGCCCCACAGAUAAUCGUGGUAUGGGGGGGAGAAAGAAUGAAUAAAAGAAAACGGAGGGAGGAAAGAAAAGAAGGAACGAACAAAGGAAGGAAAAGAGAAGAAGGAAGGGGGGGAGAGAGAAAUUUCCAGAGCUUUGAUUCUGGUAGAUUCCAUGACUGUGAUACUGACGUUGCAAACACAGUGCCAAGCAGGUAAGACCUGAGCCAUACUUGUGAACUGUUAGCACUCACUGCCUCCUUUCUGAAAGAGUUUUUAAAAAUAUUUUUAUGUAUCUAUGUUUAUUAUUGGAUACAGAAAGAAAUUGAGAGGGGAGGGGGAGACAGAGAGAGGGA